AUUGGAAACUGAAAACGUUCCUAUACAUUUUAAAACAAAUCAAAAUAUUUUGAAAAUUUUAUCAUGUAUAGAAAAUAAGGUAAAUUGAAUAACUCAUUCAACUUUAAACAAUGUUGCACUUGGCAAAUUUCCUAUAGAGUAUAGUGGACGCGCAGUCCAUGAUGUACAAUAUAUAUUAAUAUGCAGUCUAUGAUCAAUCCUCAGAGACCAGAUUAUAUGCUAAGUUCCCACUUAAAUAUUUCGAGUAUCCACGAAUACCAAAUAUUCAACACGAUAUACACGAGUCAAGAUGAAUUUUGACAAUAUAUCAAGUAGAUUGUUGAUAUUAUUCUAUUAUUCUUUGAGUAAGUGCUUAUCAUUUUAUUAGCAUUGGCUUACGACUAGCUACUAUAUAAUUAUUUAUUUUUAAAUACUUGUACAUCAUUAGGAUUUAGGCUUAUACUUGAUUUUCGUUCAGCAGAACCAAUAUUUUGUUAGUACCUCUGAAAUAGUCUAAUAUUUGAGUGAAUUAAUCUAUUAUCAUAUUUAAAGGUACCUAUGAAUAUUAUCUAGGGCACCUCGUAAUUCGUAUAAGCUUUUAAUGAUGUAAUAAUGACGGCUUGCCUACCAAAUAAAUAAACUGGGACCAAUACAAUAUUUUAACUUCUUUAUAAGUUAAAAUUUUUCAAUUACUCGUUCAAUUAAUAACAUCGAUACUUAAAAUUAUUUUUCAUUUGAAUGACUAAUCUUCUGUUAUAAAUCUUAUGAUAAAACUGGUUCAACUUUUUAUUUAAAUUUUUUUUUGAUAAUUAGGGCCCGGAUUUUAAUGCAAAAAGCAUUAUUUUUGGCAAAAUGCUUUUCAAGAACAAAAUUCGUUUCAUACAUCGUAGAGAGUUGAAAACUUAAACUGAUAUUUUGUAUUUUUAGUAGUUUAAGCAUUUUUAGAGAUUUUAUUAAAAUUUAGUUACCUAAUUUUGUUAAUUUUUAGCGCAUAUUUAUACAUAUAAUAUAUCAUAUUUUUCCAUCAAACUUAAUUGGUAAUUCAAAAAAUGUAUUAGCUCAAGAAAAAUUUGUUCUGACCAUUUAUCAUUUGUCGAUUGUACCAAGUUCCUUUUAUUUAUGAUUUUAAUACGUCGCGUGUCCAUAACGUCUUUAUCUAUCUAACUACAUUCUACAGGUAAUCGAAAAAAAAAUUUCCAGAAAAAAAUCUUCAAACCAACUACUUAGUUAUUAAAUUAUAAAGGACAGUAGGUUAGGUACCUAGAUAAAAGCAAAUGGUUAGGUACCUAAGUACCUUGUACCUAUAUUAUACUUAAAUAUAAAAAUAUAUAAAAAAUAAUAAUAUCUAACAAUUGUGGCCCAGAUUAAAAUGCCCCCCUAGGAAUUUUCAAUUACAUUCUAGAAGUUUUCAAUCAUCAAAUGUAUGAAACGGAAUUUUCACUUGAAAUGCAUUUUCUGCAAACUGGCAGGUUAGUCCCAUGGAUUUCCCAAAAAAAUAAUGCAUUUUGCAUUCAAAUCUGGGCCCUAGUAAUAAUAUUAAGGAAAGAUUUAGAUUAGGAAAGAUUAACUAGCUUAGCUUUACUCAAUAGGUACUCAUAGGGACAUAAGCAUUGAUGUGGAAAAAAUCAUUGACAGAUUUGCGGCUGGUAAAAAAAUAACCAUAUAAUUGUUGCUCAAAUAAAUUAUUAAUACAUUUGUUUAUUUAAUAUUGAAUAAAAUUGACUGUUGAAUUUUUAUAUGGUUUAAUUUUUUUUUGAUCUAUAACAGAUGUCUAUUGACUAAUUUGUAUUGGAAUUCUAUGACACCAAUUCACCCCCUACUUAAAUGAGCUUCAGAUCCACUACUGAUUUAGACAAAUCGAUAUGUCAUUCCCUCAAAAAUAUUAUUCCCUAUCUUUUUAUCUCUAUUUAUUAUUCAAUCAUUGUGUUUGUAAGACGCAGGCAAGUGGCAAUAAUAUCGACCAUCAUACUAUUAUUAUUAUUAUUAUUAUUAUUAUUAUUGUUAUAUUCUGUGACACUAUCAACACAAUACACAUCUCGUCCUUGUACUAAAAUACAAAACAUACACACAAAACUUCUUAUGUCUCGGGGUUUUCCCCAAACGAAGACUUGUUAAAACAGUUUAGCUGCAUUGAAUAAUGAACGGUCGUGUUUACCAGACUAAAUUGAAAAUAGUUAUUUAUAUAUUUAUUUUGGGUCACAAGUUCUUGACGUUCCCGGUGUGGACGAAUAAUCGUCUCCCCAUCCACAUCCCCGUCCCCACCACUAUAUUUUAGUCUUUUAAUUAAUAGUUUUGUCGUCACUGCUCACUCGUCGGCUAUCGCUAAUCUGAGAACGAUCUUUGCGGCAAUCGUCCGUCUACCAUCUGAUGCCUAACCUAACCGACGAAUUUCGAUUUUCGAAACGCAAGUACGCAAUAAUAUAGUUGUGAAUAUGGACCAGUCUAUGUUGUCAUUCGUCUUAACACAUUUGCCAGACAACUGGGACACCAAUGUCACGUACACCGCUAGCCAUGUGUUGUGCGUUUUAUCCAGGUCGAAAAAUGCUGGUGAAUACCAGUUUGUUGAAGCCAUGUUUUAUGGAGCAAACAUCAGUCAGAUUUUAAGGGUGCAGAACCCGUUUCAAUAUGGAAGAUAUAUGUUGAGGCGUGAAAUGCUAAAUUCUACCUAUGAAAAUACUGUUUAUCAUGGAGUUCAUAGAGAUGAUUUGAGCACGGCAUUGAAAUUUAACUGUGAUUACAGAAGAUAUUCUAGGAAACGAGAGGGGAUUUAUGAAAACUCUCAACAUCCGAUGUUUUAUAAUUCAUUCUCGGAUUUGUUAAACAAAACCAUACAUCCUAUUUCAGACAUUAAUGUCUUAGUUUUAAAAAUAAUGACUAAAGCACCAAAGACACAAUGCGACUACUAUAUUCAGUAUCUUGUUAAAUUUUGAUUUUUUUUUUUUUUUUUUUAAUUAAAAAGAGAUUUUAAUUAAUUAAUUUAUUAACUACUGUUAUAGAAAUAUUUUUUUUUUACAUUUUCAAAAACCUAAAUUAUUCAUUAAAAUAAUUAGGCCAACGUAAUUUAACACAAAGUGAAGAUUUCUUAAAAAGGGACCUGUGAUGAAAACAUUUUUUAAGUUGUACCUGUUGUACUUAUUAUAUUAUACUUAAAUGUAUGCUUUAACAUAAUUAUAAU